GUGAAAUUGUCCAAAGGAGUUGCCAGUUGCCAUGGAUAUGGACAGUGCAAUUAUCGCAGGGCUCUUUCGCUUUCUACAGUGCAAUUAUCAAUAGUAAUAUAACAAGGGCGACACAUGCUUACCGAUAAUUUUGCCCACGCGAGGAAUCACGAGUGCUGGUUGCACUGAAAACUAGUUUUCUAAGGGCAACCAGUACGAGGAUUCUUCGCAAGGGCAAAAUUAUCCGUAAGCGUGUCGCCCGCGCUUAUAUUCUGCAGAUAAUUUCACGAAACACCGUAGAGAUUGUGAUUAAAAAUCGGGUGAAUAUUACCGUGAAAUUCUAGUUGCUUGUUCUAUUCAGCAUUUCUAUAGCAACUAAAACAAUUUAUACCAACAAAUCUCAAAUUUGACCAGUGCGUCGGUUAUUUAUAGUAAUACACCUAAUAUUCUGCGCGAAUCCUGCUUUCUGCUGGACAAAUAUGAGCACUACGCGAUUCGGUGAGGCUUCCAAAGCUACUAUUAACGUGGCUAUCGAUCAAGUGACGCCAAUAAAUACUAAGAGAUCGAAUGGUUACGUAUGGAAGCAGUUUCAUGAAUUUUGCGGACAACGAGGUUACGAAUUAACAAGAACGACGCCCACCACAAAACUUGCCCUAAUUAUGAAGGAUUGGGGGUACAACAUGAAACAGAAGAAUGGAGAAGACUAUAAGGAAUCGGUGAUAAAAACAAUGUGGAACGUGACCGCCAAGCAGCUUCAAAAAUUGUAUUUUCAAGAAUUCGGUGUAAGGUUUGAUCCAUUUUCUGACGUGGAGUUUAAACAAAGUCGCGCCGCCCGAGACGCCAAAAGACGUGAACUGCAGAAGCUGCCUGAAAAACGGAAGUGCAGCUCAUCUGCCCUGAGUGAUGCGGAAUAUAAAGAUAUUGUUUCAAAGCUCGACGAGGAUACACCUGACGGUUUGGAACGAAAAUUCUACUACAUUGCUAGCUAUGAACUGGCUUGGCGAGGAGGGGAAGCCGCAGUUGCUGAGGUGAAUUUUUUCCAGGACGAGGUAAGCAAUUCCGGCGUCUGGUCCGGAAGAAUAGAAUACAACCCAGUAUUUAGUAAGACUGCACAAGGUGGAGGUCGGAAACUAGCAGACAGCAAAUGGCUGGUAGCUAACAGGGAGAAGUCGGAAUUUUGUCCUGUGAGGUUAUUCAAGAAGCUCCUGAGUAAGAUAGGACCAAAUGUUACUACAAACAGGCUGUUCCUGACUCCCAACCCACUAUGGAAGGAUCCUUCUUCCGUUGGCUGGUACAAAAGUUCUCCUGUUGGAAAAAAUCAAAUAGGGAAAUGGACGAAAUCUGAUGCGAAACAAAUCGGCGUUGAUACAACAAUAACGAAAAUCACCAAUCACUCUUUGAGAUCCUCAGCAGUCUCCCAUUUGGCAAGAGGGGGUGUUGGCGAAGAGCAGUUAAUAAAGAUUACUGGACAUGCGAGCACAGCUUCCAUUAAGCCCUACCUCCAGCUGGAUUCAUGUCAUCAUGCUAAAAUAAUAGGAAAAAUGAGGAAUGAAGCAUCAUCGUCCACUUAUUCUUCAACUUUAAUUACAAGUUCCAGCUCAUCGAGCUCCUCAACAAAUCUUGAAAAAGAGUGUGACGUUAGCGCAAAAAAACCUAGAAUUAUGAAUUUUUAUAAUUGUACCUUUCAUAGCAAUCAAUUUUGA